AUGAAACCAGCGUUGCAGGCGCUUCCCUGCUGGUCUCACCACCAUGAAAGCUCAGAACUUGGUGCAGCUCUGGGCUUGGUCAAAUUCCGUUUGUCUUCUUCCACUGAUACUCCGGCCAUCACUUCUGCCCAUCGCCCUAGAAAUGUGGCCAGAGGGUGUCCAGCUUUCUAAUCGUCCACCUAUAUAAGCCAGUUCAAUUCAGUAGCCAGAAAAGCCGUGGAUGGGAACUGCAGCAGGCGCUGGAUUGGGCAGAAUACUUGCACCCACACGAAGCAACAAAGGGAGCCCUGGUGGUACAUGGAUCUGGGAAGCCACUAGGCCAUUUCUUCCGUGGUGGUGAAAAACCGUGAGGACUGCUAGGACUACUGUGGAGAAAGGCUCCAGGGAGCAGAGAUCCGCGUGACCGACUGCAUGCCCAACUGUGGCCUAUCCAAUCGUCUCUGUGGGACCAUCACCGAUACCCGCCUGGGCUCCAUCAGCACCAUCUCCUGCAACGGUCAAGUGGGACACUACAUCACCGUCACCGUCCACACGGUAUCCCUGGCCCUGUGCGAGGUGGAGGGUUCCAGGAACAGGGUGUGA